AUGAAGCACAGAGUGAUUUCUCUUUUGCUGCUUCUCUUGGGGACGUGCUCAGCUGCUGCUUAUAGAAAUGUGGCCUUGCAUGGAAAAGCAACUCAGUCAUCCCGCUACGACAAUUUUUUAUCGGCUGCCUCCAAUGCCAUUGAUGGAAACCGUGAUUCUAAUCAUGCAUUAAGUUCAUGCAGCCACACUGCACAACAGACCAACCCCUGGUGGAGAGUAGACCUGCUGGAGUCCUACACCGUCACCUCCGUCGUCAUCACCAACAGAGGAGACUGCUGUGCAGAAAGGAUCGACGGGGCACAGAUUCACAUCGGCAACUCUUUAGAAGGCAAUGGUGCAGCAAACCCAGUGGUUGGUACCAUUCCUGCAAUCCCUGCAGGGGAGUCAUACACUGUGACUGUCAGCGGUCGUGUGGACGGACGUUACGUGACUGUGUAUCUACCUGGUUCAGAGAAGUAUCUUACACUCUGUGAAGUGGAGGUUUAUGGGUACCGUACCCCAACUGGAGAAAACCUGGCAAUCCAAGGAAAAGCCUCACAGUCAUCACUCUUUGAAUUUGGCUCUCCAUAUAAUGCCAUUGAUAGGUAUCAUGACGGUCACUGGAUCAAGGCGUCCUGCAGUCACACAAAGAAUGACGUGAAUCCUUGGUGGCGACUGGUUCUGCCCAGACAGACAAAAGUGUUUUCUGUUAAAGUCACCAACCGAGUUGAUUCCUGGGAACGACUGAAUGGAGCUGAGAUCCACAUCGGAGAUUCUCUCGACAACAACGGCAACAACAACCCCAGGUGUGCCCAGAUCACAAGCAUCUUACCAGGUGCUACUCAUGAAUUUGACUGUAAUGGGAUGGAAGGCCGCUAUGUUAACAUAUUUAUCCCUGGAAGAUCAGAGUUCCUCUCCCUGUGUGAGGUGGAGGUCUAUAGCUCUUUCCUGGAUUCACUUUAAAAGAGCAAGAAUGAAGCCAGUGUUGUUAUAUGUACUCAGACAAACCAAAAUAAUACAUUUAGCUUCAACUGGAUUGUUUGCAUGACAAAUAACCAAUCACACUGUGUGCAACAUGGAGCUAAGUUUGUCCUAGACAAUAACAAUAUGGCAUUAGUCAGAUAAACUGGCUCUUACAUGAUCUCUGGUAAAUCAGUUUGAAUCAUGUUUGAAUUAAGUUUACUAUAAUAAAAACAUUAUCACA